UUUAGAUGCGUAAACACGAACUUCGCAUUUAACUCAUUCAAUGAAUUUUUGAUAAUGUAAAAAUACCUACUACGAAUACAAACCGUGUGACAGAGUGUGUUUGUUCUUCAAAUAUCUAUUUGUUUUCCCUAUGCAAUAAAAUACUAAAUCAAAUAAUUUGUUUGGGAAUCGAUUUUUGUGCACAAAUUGAUCAUUUGUUUUCAUAUACAUUUUUAAUGAAAAAAAUAAGAGAAAAAAAUUUAUUCUCACUAAAGUGAUGCGUGGAAAGUGCUUGAAUUUUGCGUGAUUUGUGUGCGGAACGCAACAGAAUUUUUUUUCCUUCUGUGUUCAUCAUUUCAUAACAAAUAAAUUGUUGUGGGUAAUAGAUUUCGCCUUCUGAUGUAAAUUCCAUUUACGAUUUCGUGUAGAGACAAAUAGAAAAAGAACAAAAAAACAAAACGACAGACUUCGUGAUUAACGCGUCUAUUUUUCUAUCAAUUGAGUAAUAAAUUUUUAGCUAUAUUUAAUCGAAUUAUUUACAAGAAAUAGCGAUGAACAUUUAAAAAAAAAUAAACCGAUGAAAGAAAAAAUUGGCACGCAGAUUGAUAUUAUAAUAAACAUGUGUUUGAAGUGAUCAAUGGCAGCCGAAAAUAAAUUUAUUAAAAUAAAUAUAUACCGAACACUGAUUCUUAAGAUAGCUAAUAAAAAAUAACGAAAAAAGUACACUUGUUUACCUUACGAUUAUGUGACUGAAUCUACAAAAUUCGCCAACAAACUGUUUUGUUUCACGUGGUUCUAUUGAUUAUAUUUCAAGUGUUUGCGACUAUAUAAAAGACCAAUACACAAAAGGGGAAUCUCUUUACUGCAAAAAAAAAAAAGAAUACACAAAGAACAUAAGCGGAGGCAACGAAUCUCGUUGUGAAUUCCCAAACAAUUUAUCGAGUGAAUUGUGAAUAUGGAUUUUUCAAAAUGCAAUCUGUGCCGAUUGCGUGAAAUAUAUAUUGUGUUGUAGUUGAACGGUAAAUAACUGUUGAUGGCAAACGCCAAUUCAUAAAUCUCAACCAUUGAGAAAGAGAAUAUAAGCCGUUUUCAAAUUGAUUUGAUAAAUUUUUUUUUGUUGUUGUUGAAAACAAAAACAAAAACAAUUGUUGUACUUCUUCUUUCGUUGUGACAUCAAAUGAUCAAAAAUCCACAUUUAUGGCGUUGCUGCAGGUUCGACACGGCGUCGGCACGUUCUACACGCUAAGACUUCUGUUUUUAUCAACCAUCAUCAUCAUAUGUACGGAACCGUUGUCAGGAAAUGCAUUUUUGUCAUCGGGACAAGGAGUAAAAGGGCCCGAUCCACAGAUCAGAUUAGUCGUUCAUCCGAACAAGCAUGUUAUCAUUCCUGUUGGUUCGUUUGUUUUGCUGCAUUGUGAGGCCAAUUUUACCGACAAUUCAACACCGAACGAUGAAAGUGACUAUGAAAACGAUGAACCAUUUUUUCCCGACGAAAGUGAUUUCAUACAAAAUGAUGAAGCAAGUGACUAUUCAAAUCAUCAAGAAGAAAAUACCGCUACGAAUGUAUGUCAGCAGGAAGUGCAAUAUCAAUGGCUGCGGGAUGACAGGCCAAUUAACGACACACUUAGCUCGUAUAUUCAAACAUUUUGUAAUGGUACCAUAAAAAUUGCACAUUCAACUAUUGCCACAGCCAUUUAUCGAUGCGUAGCUAAAACAACAAAACCAGACAUCGGUGCAAUCAUCUCAAAAGCAUCUAAAGUCGAAACAGCAGUUCUUGAACGAAAAUUCGACAAUUUAAAGUUGACAGCAGAGCUUGGCAGUUCGCUCGUCUUGAAUUGUGCUAUUGAAAGCAUACCGACAGCAAAUAUUCAAUGGUACUUUAACAAUGGAACGAACAUCAAUUUGGACGUGGCCGAAAGAUACUUUCAACUGAAUAAUGGAAGUCUUUUAAUCGUCAACGUGAUGAAUCAAGAUUAUCAAACUUUUCGGUGCUCUGCACGAAACGAGUUUUAUAAGGAUCGAAAACAUAUUCAAUUUUUGCUCGAAGUAACACAUUCAAUUACGGCAAAUAAUCCGAUGCUUUUACCACCGCUACAAAAUCAAGACAUUUUUAUUGCAAAUGGGCAAGCAUUAAAUUUAUAUUGUGCACUCACAUCCAUGGCUACAUCAAGAAAUGCGAUUCGAUGGACGUUUACAUCUCGGACGGAAAAAAUGUCAUCAAUUGAAUUGGUUACACAAAAUCCAUAUAAAUUGCACAUCGCAAAUACAUCGGUCGAAAAAAAUGACGGCAUCUACAGAUGUCAUUUUGGAGAUGAAUAUCAAACCUUUGAUGUAACCAUAACAACACCGCCUGUAAUACAUGAUGCGUUUACAUCAAAAGAAGGAGCAUUGGGUUUUUAUGUUAAAUUAAACUGUAAUGUAACCAGCAAUCCAAAAGCAACCGUUCAAUGGUAUCGUGAUGGUAAAUUAAUCGAAUACGAUUGGAUUGUGCGACCUGAUGAAUCGAAACUAUUGAUUCAAACGUAUGAGGAAAAAGAUAAAGGUAUCUAUCAAUGUGUUGCAACGAAUGUGGCCGGUGAGGUGCACGCAACUGGUUUGAUGAGCUUGAAACCGAAACAGCACAUGGAUCCACCGAAAAACCCAAAAUGCUUUCCACUGAAUUUGACAACGUUCAAAGUCACUUUCGAUGGACCACAAUAUUAUCGCUGGUCAGCGGUUACCUAUUACGUUGCGAGCAAACGUAGUGAACCAUAUUGGUAUUCAAAAGUUUUGCAUGAUGAAAACACGCGUGUUCAAAACACUUUCACUGUUACGGAUAAAAGAAGGCCACCAUUUGAACCAGUUAUGGUUUAUUUUCGGGGAAUGGAACGAAUAAGCUCAGCCGAUACCGGAGGCAAAGUAAAAAGUGUGAUAUACGAUCUUUCACGAUUGUCAGAAGGAGUUAAGUGCGCUACACAAGGGUUACCGAUAUCUGGGAUGUUUUCACCUUCGGGUAUUUUUAUUUGGUGGUCAAAGAAAUUAAUAAAUGCAACGAAAUAUAUUAUUCAAUUUCAAAGUGAUGAAAUGACAUCGUUCAGCAAUCAAAUAGUUGGUACAACGCAACACAUUGAUUAUUAUCAAUCGUGGAAUGAUACGGUUGGUGAUUUAACCAAUAUCUCCGUCACAACCAACAUUUAUCCGUACACCGAACUCGAUGAUUAUGACGACCGCACAACACAAACCGAUAACAAUGAAAUGAAAACAAAUUCAAAAAUGUUAACCGAGUUACGCGUCGAUGGUAAUGUUUCGGGCAUACUCAUACCGAAUACACAUGAAAUCAUUGUACGUGUGCUGGUGCCAAUAAUCGAUGACGACGGCGAACUUAUUCAAGACGUAAGAUUUGUUGAAUGGAAAAAGAUUGAAGAUACUUCGAGACGAAUGACAAAAUUUAAAAUUUGGAGCAUUGGAAUUAAUCAAAUUACAUUUCAAUCGAUGGAUCCACGUCUUAGAUGCGUUCAAAUUUGUUAUCUAAUGGAUGGGGAACAGAUUUGUGACGACAAAUCAAUUGAAAACUCCUUUGUCGAUGUUGUAUCUCUGAAAUCAUACACAGCAUACACAUUUUUGUUGUUCAAAUGCAGUGAAACGGAAACACUUUUCAACAAAUUUGAAAUUCAAACAAAUCACGACAUACCUGGUAGUGUGACCAAUCAUACGAUUUACAAAGACAAAGGUAUUGUUAUUGAAUGGGGUCCUCCAACCAAAGCAAAUGGCAUUUUGGAAUACUAUUUGAUUAAAUGGACAAUAGCAAAUACGACACACGAGAAACACAUUCCCUAUCAAAGUGAAAUCAUUAAAAAUGAAUUCAAAUUUCCCGGCCAAGAGAGUGAUCGUUUCAAUAUAUCCAUUCAGGCUGUAAGUAAUUUUGGCGUUGGCAUUCCAAUUUAUGUUGAUCUGCGUGAAAUGAAAGAAAUUCCAAGCAUUUGGAAUAUCAAUACCAACACGUCCAAAUAUCAAGAUCCACGUUUAGGAAUAUCAAUUGGUGUUUUACUUUCGGUGAUAUGUGUCGUUGUUUGUGCUUUAAUCAUAGUGAGACAUCGUCGAUGUUCAAAGUCACCGCAUCACCAGCACAUAAAUGGCAAUGGUAACAAUACACGAAAUUCAUUCCAAAGUCGAUCACCAAUAGCACGUGGCCCGGUUGUUGGAGCAACAACAAAAAUUCCAACCUCAUCCGCUCAAAUAUCGGCGAAUUGUACAAACGAUGCACACGAAAUGCAAACACUAAUUGUAACGCCGAGCUUAGAGAAUAUCCAAUCGUUGAAUGGAAAUGGAUUGCAAAAGAAGCAAAACAAUCAAAUAAAUGGCAUUAUUGUGCGCAGCCACAAUCAUAAUAACACAAAUGCACAUUCCGACAACGAUGACGAGAAUAUUGAUUUAAGUCGAUGCGGUUUAAUUUCAUCAACGCCAAAAUCAAAUAACAAAACAAUGAAUAACGAUCACCUGAAAAAUACAAGUACAAAUCAUGGAUCAAACACUGCCAAUUCAAUCGAUUUGCCUUAUCAGCGUAUCGAUCAUAAUAUUGAAGCAGCACUUGGAGCUGAUACUGCACCAAAUAAUAUACUCUGUAAUGGUUCAAUGAAAAACAUGCUACCUCCAAAUAAAUCGGUACAUUCCAUUCUAUAUAAUAAUGAAACUGAAAUUCCACCGAUAGUAAAACGGUCAAUCCAAGAUGAUAAAUCAAAAAGUCUGAAACGUACAUCGGCACACAAGUCGAACGUAUCGAUUUUUGAUGAUAUUCAACAAAGUUUAUUACCAGAAUCCGCCAAUGGAACAGAAAGCAGUUCAGCAAGCACAAGCAGCGGUUCGGUUCCAAUGGAUCGCAUUGCCAAUAAAACCAAUUGCUUAUUUGAUUUAAACACAUUCGAUAAUAAUGGUACACCGCAUUCAAUCGUCGAAAAUCAGAGAUACAUGCGGUCGGCCGCUUUGGUUUAGCGCUGGCCACAAAACAAUCGAAUUGAACAGCUGAUACAUACAGAACAAAAAUGACGCUGUCGACCGCAAUGUAACUGUGAUAUAAAUAAGAAAUGAGCUUAACAAACAAUACGUGAUACAGAGGCUCAAAUCUUGCGAAUUUAGUUGAUUAACAUGCCAUGACCACUAAUCGAAUUGUGUAUACUGACUAAUAUUGUUUUUUUUUUUUAACUGCACUCGAACACAACGACAACUCAAACAGAUCAUCAGGAUUAAUUUGGUGGUGUGAAAAUAAAUGAGAUCAAAUGAAAAACGAUACCAUUUCUAUAUGAACCUUAGAAAAAAUUUGUUCAAUUUGAUAUUUUAUUUUCACAUACACACAUGUAUAUGUCAUUAGAGAUAAUACUAUUUGGUACUUGAGUACCAAUAUAACGUUUUUUAUAAUGGAACUUAUUAUUGAACGUGAUGAAUUGAUCAUACAUUCAUUGAAAAAACUCAUAUAAUUCCAUACGUUGACGUUAAACGGGUAUCAAUUUAGACGUAAUUUAUGCAUAAAUCAAUUUUAAAAUGAUAAGUGUUUCAUCGUUCACGGUUCAUUUUUUUUAAAAGGUAGCAUUUGGUUUACGAAUUUUGUCGUAAAAUCAUUUUUUUAAAUAUAAGUUAAUGCGCAUUCAGAAUGAAAAAUGUGUAGCUAACCCCUUUUGGCUAUUUAAUUUAUAAGAAAAAGCAUCAAUUUGAUAGACAUUUAAGUAUUCACCUUGUAAAUAUAUAAGAAUUUGUCAUUUUUACCAAUUUCGGAAAGCACAGUGGAAAAAGAAAAAAAAAAUAACGAAAAUUGUGAGUCCAAAGCGACACAAUUAGAUAUCGUUUGGAUUCGACAUCAUUAAGUCAGUAUUUGAAUACGAAAUAAUCAUAAAUUGUAGAUCUUUUUUUGUUUCUUUUGCAUUCUGUGAAUACAUAUAACUACAAACGGAUAGAAGAUAUACAUAGCUUCAGUUUAACUUUAAUUUUGAAUUUCAUCCCAUAGCCUGUGUUUUAAUAAUCGUUUACAUUGCAAACAUUUAUUACAUUUUUUUGUU